AUGAAUUCAUUGGGAACUGUGUUCGAUUCAGUUAAGGAAUCCGUCGAAAGCAAUAAAAGUUCAGUGUCUGACUGUAAGAAAAACAUACAGCAGUGUACACAGGCCCAGAAAAUCACAGAGGACAGAGUGACAGCAGAGCUGAGGACUGUCAGGGAGGAGAACGACAAGUUACAGAAUUCCGUCAUCGACCUCAAAGCGCGAUCUAUGCGUGAUAAUCUUGUGUUUUCUGGAAUACCGGAGGAUAAAAGUGAGGACACAGAGGAGGUUCUACAGGAAUUUCUCCAACGAAAAUGUAAACUAGAUUACGAAAUACAAUUUGAACGAGUCCACAGAAUGGGGAGGUGGAAUGAGUUUAACGAACAUCCUCGGAAAAUCGUAGCUAAGUUUACGUAUUACAAAGACAGGGAAUUCAUUCGAACGCGAGCUGCUCAAAAGCUGCGAGGAUCAAGAGUAUGGGUGAAUGAACAGUUUCCACCCGAAAAGAGGAAAAGAGGAAAAAACUGUACCCUAUUAUGA